GUGUAACAUUUACCACAUGUUCAAAGAAUAAACAUCAGCCGGUAAUUGAUAAUAAAUAAAUUCUAAUAAAUUUAAACGCUUGAGCUCGAAAUUCAAUAUAAAUACCAUGAGCGAAGUGACUAACGAAAAUUGCGAACAAAUUCCCGACGCAAAAGAUGAGAAUGAGAAAGAGGGUACGGGUGAAAAAAUUGUGGAUGAAGCAAUUGUUGAUGAAACUCCGAAUGAUGAGAAGUCAGCUAAUGUUACAAAUGACGAGUUUAAUUACUUAAAACGAAAUGAAUUUACAUCCGAGAUUUACAAGAUUGAAGUACGGAAUUUGGGUUAUUUCGGCAUUGGGGAGUUUAAGAAGCUUUUAAAGUCCAAACUAAAUCUCAAUAUGACUAAAAUUAAAUCGCCGCUUCGUAAAGAGUUCGCAUUUGUGUGUUUUCGUAGUGAAGAGGACCAACAACGAGCGAUUGAAACGCUUAAUGGUUAUAAAUGGAAAGGAAAAGUAUUGCAAGCUGCUGCUGCAAAAGCGUCUGCAGAUCCAUUACAGAAGCGCCGAAACGAAGACGCACAGCGGGAGGAGAAAGAGAGCAAACCAAAACGACAACGUACUGCUGCUGAUGCGAUAUGCCCCUACGCUGCCUUUCCGUAUGACGAACAGCUACAAAAAAAGAGUAGUGAAAUGGAGGAGCUUUUGAAAAAAUUCACAAACAAAUUACGCAACACGAACCAUGCUGCCAAGAAACAACUGAACGAGUUCAAAUUCGCUGGUGUUAAGGCGUCUCCACAAAUCGAUGGAUACCGCAACAAAAAUGAGUUUACUGUUGGCAAAAAUGCCUUGGGUGAAGUUGUAGUCGGCUUCCGUUUGGGCAGUUAUGCUGACGGGUCCGUAGAGGUUUCAGAAAUUCAAGACUUACCACAUAUACCCGACUCGGCUAAAUGGGCAGCAGAAAGUUUUCAACAGUUUAUAAGAGAUUCAAACUUUUUGCCUUUUAAUCCAGAGGAUAAUUCGGGUCAUAUCCGACAGUUGAUGGUACGUACAUCUGCUCAUACGGGAGAGAUAAUGCUGGUUGUCGGUGUUUAUUCUUCCAAUUUGAAGGAUACUGAAUUAGAAGAUUUGAAACAGAAUUUAAGGGAAUAUUAUGAAAUAUGUACCGAUGCAGUAAAAGGUUUCAAAUGUACAUCGUUGUAUUAUCAAGAUGUGAAGCAUCGUGAAGCCGGUCAAGUGGUCUCACCUAUAGAACAUAUUUCUGGUAGCACUCACAACACUGAUACAAUACACAAUCUAUCUUUUAAAAUAAGCCCGCUGGCUUUCUUUCAAAUAAAUACGCAGGGUGCCGAAGUACUCUAUGAUAAAGCUAUCGAAUUGGCCGCACCUCAACCACAUUCCACGGUGUUAGACAUUUGUUGUGGUACUGGCACGAUAGCGUUAGCCUUCGCCAAACAUUGCAAACACGUACUUGGUGUAGAAAUUGUACCAGAUGCAAUUAAGGAUGCCGAAUUCAAUGCUGCGGCUAACUCAAUUGAAAAUUGUAAGUUUUUUGCUGGUAACGCUGAUGAUUACAUACAAUCGAUGGUGCGAGAAGUUGUUUACGGUAAUGCACCUGGAGCGCCGCUGGAUCUGAUUGCUGUGGUGGAUCCACCGAGAGCUGGACUACAUAAUAGAUCCAUUGCUGCAAUACGUGCCGCUACGGCAAUAAAACGUUUGGUGUACAUAUCUUGUAAUCCAGCGCAUGCACAGCGUAAUUGGAUUGAACUGGGCCGACCUGAGUCAAAACAAUAUAAGGGGGAUCCCUUCUUUCCCAAAACCGCCAUUGCAGUAGAUAUGUUCCCACAUACUACACACACCGAACUAGUAAUGUUAUUUGAACGCGCGUCCCAAUCAGUUGAUGAAGGGGAAAGCAAAGAGACAACAAGCAACGAAAAUAACGGUGAUACAGAAAUUGAAGGAAAAGGAAAUGAAAUUGAUAUAGAACCAAACAAAAAUUAGUAUUGGUUGUACUUUUGACAUUUUAUAAACUUUUAAAUAUACUUACAUACUAGAUAGAUAUGUAUGCAUAACACACUUUAAA